GACAAGCUGGCUUUACCAUAGCUCAGUAUCAACUAGCCAGUAGUGACCCAGUGCCUGCACAGACUGGUCCUGCCUUGCCAAACGGCUCUGAGGCUGACAGCUAACUGACUCACAGAGGAUGAGAUGAAGCACAGGAAAAAGGAGGAAUAGGCUACACACUGUGAGUGAGUUUCUAAAAAGAAGAAGAGAGAAGAAAAGGAGAGAUAAACGCUGCUGUGACUUUAUAACUAGAGGGAGAGAGAGAGAGAGAGAGAGAGAGAGAGAGAGAGAGAGAGAGAGAGAGAGAGAGAGAAACAAUGUCUUAGAGGAGGAGGAGUUGUUUGAACAGAACUGAGCGGCCUAGAGGGCCACUAUAGACAGGACUAGCCCGGGUGUAGCCUACUGUUGUACGGAAUAGGCUAUAGCCUAGGCUACCGACCGCCACGAUCGGACCAGGCGGGCUAUUUCUGUCGGAAUCCGCUGGGUAGCCUAGAUUAUACAAGAUGCAAACAUCUGCCCUGGACAACCGUUGAACAGCGAAGGCGAGUUCACUGCUGCAGCAUCCGAGAAGGACCUGUGUGUGUGUGUGUGUGUGUGUGUGUGUGUGUGUGUGUGUGUGUGUGUGUGUGUGUGUGUGUGUGUGUGUGUGUGUGUGUGUGUGUGUGUGUGUGUCACUAUGAGUCUUGUCUCGGGCUUCCCUCACCACCCGGUCAUGCACCACCACGACAGCCACCACUAUUCCUUGCAUGCGGCGGCGGCGGCGGCCGGUCGGUGUCACGAGGAUACCGGGGCUCCUCCGUACUUUACGAGCUGGCUGAUAAGCCACGCGGAUAUGUCUCCCACAGAGUAUAGCCUCGCGCCCGGCUACAGCCCAGAGUACCAUGGCAACAGCGGCGGCGGGGCAACGGGCGGCCUGGACCCCCACCAUCACCAUCACCACCACUACGGACCCGGCAGCUUAGUUCCGGGGGCCGGCGCCAUCUCGGUGAACGGAGCCGCGGUCGGUAUGCACCCCCACCACACACAUCCUCGGCCCGUGAAGCGGAGACCGACGGCCAACCGUAAGGAGAGGCGGCGGACCCAGAGCAUCAACUCGGCCUUUGCGGAGCUAAGGGAGUGUAUCCCCAACGUCCCGGCCGACACUAAGCUGUCCAAGAUCAAGACACUGCGGUUGGCCACUAGCUACAUCUCCUACCUGAUGGACAUCCUGGACAAGGACGGACAGCACGGAGACACGCAGGCUUUUAAGGCCGAGCUGAAAAAAACGGAGGCCCGGGAGGAGCGGAGGAAGAGAGAGGCGGUGGAGAUCCCUAAGGCAACAUCAUCGUCAUCCUCAUCGUCAUCCUCCUCGUCAGCGGGCGAUAAGAAGAGUAAAGGACGGACAGGAUGGCCUCAACAUGUCUGGGCUCUGGAACUCAAACAGUAGCGCCUCCCUCCCUCCCUCCCUCUCUCCCUCCCUCCCUCCUUCUCUCCAUCCUGCGAGCUGAUAGCACCCUUUCCCUCCUCCAGCUCUGCCCUCGACGAGAGUGAUGAUGGGACAUUAAUGACGCGCUCUGAUGAACUGGAAUGGCAGUCAUCAUCAUCAUCAUCAUCAUCUCUCUGGACCUCGAGGCUAUUACCUUCCCACAGAACGGCGGACUCUGUAUUGCUUGUAGCUCCGUUCACCUUACUGUGGUGAGACACGAAGAAAGUUAUUAUAGUUGGAGUUCCUCAUAGAACAUAACUUCAGAUUUAUAACACUCCCACCUUUCAUCAGCGAAGGCGCUUUCUGAGGUUUUGUUCUGUGUCAGGGUUUGACACCCCGACCCCGAAUGUCCUCCUUAAAUUGUACCUCGAGAAAAAGAAAAAAAAAACUCAUGAAAAUAUCACAAAUUCAAUGGUCUUCUUAAACGUUUAAGUGAGGAUUUGAAUUGGAAAAAAAAAAACAUUCAAACCAAAAACAUGGAUGCAUUUACGGAUUCCCCAAAUGGAAAUAGUCUAGGCUUAUUCUAGAUGUUUAGUCAAUCAUUAUUUCCUUAAUAUAACAUAGCCUAUAGAUGUGAGUGGAACUUUGGAGUAGGCCUAUUUAAAAUACAGCAAAAGUGUAUGAGCUUGGACGACAUAUGUGCGUUAGGGCAGCUGCGUAGGGUUGGAGGGGGAUGAAUCGGUUCAAAUAAUAGCCUACAUCAUCCAUUCUAUAACAUUUGAGCCUGUGAAUCAAUAGAUGCACUGUUCGUCACCGUCCAAUUUAACCAUAGGCUACUGAGUUAUAACUCACCGGUUCUCUUGAACCCACUCUAAUGGGAUAGGUGCUGUUUGGUGGAUGGGAUGUAGGCCUAGUCUGUGCUGAAUUAAAAAGUGAUCUAAAGCUCUAGGUUGUGUUCUACCAGAUGUGUAGCCUACGUUUCCACUGAGCAAAGUAGGCUAGCUUUACACCACUGCUAGAUUGUGAACGGAGUGCGGCGGAGUCUCUCUUCCUGUCGAGAAAAAGGGUUGGGGAUAGGCGGAACCAUUUCUCUCUCUCUCUCUCUCUCUCUCUCUCUCUCUCUCUCUCUCUCUCUCUCUCUCUUCGAAACACCCCCACGCCGCCACCACCCCCCCCCCCACACACACACACACACACACACACACACACACCGUGUUCUCUGCUUUAUUUAACGGAACAUAUUUAUGUGCAAUGCGGCCGUUAGAAGGACCCAAACAGCCAUUCCGCUGACUGAUUUCGGACAUUUACUGAGUAGGCUACCUUUCAUCUGACGACAAACUGUAUGUGAAGCUCUCUCUCUCUCACUCUCUCUCUCUCUCUCUCUCUCUCUCUCUCUCUCUCUCUCUCUCUCUCUCUCUCUCUCUUACUCUCUCUUAAUCUCUCUCUCUCUCUCGCUUUUCUCUCACAAUUUUUGGUUGUAAAUGUAAUGACGUCACAACGAUGACGAAGUGUCCAUGUUGUAGUGUGAAAAUGUGUUGGGAGUCUAAAUAAUGUUUUAUGUUGGUUGUAAACAGUGUCAUGAAUUUAAUAAACCACCAGCUGGUUACAUGGUAA